CUUUCUUACUUUUACCGGAAGUUUCUGUUUUAAAGUGAAGUUAACUCCCUUUUCAGUUUUAGAUUCUGAACGACCAGGCAUGGGAGUCCGCUACAACCUUGCUGUUGGUCUCAACAAAGGCCACAAGCUUACCAAGCUUGAAAAUGGCAGAAAAACAAGACCUACUCGCCAGAAGGGGUCUGCAUCGAAGCACGCCAAAUUCGUCAGAGAUAUUGUGCGUGAACUUGCUGGUUUCUCCCCUUACGAAAGGAGAUGUCAAGAGUUGUUGAAAAUCUCUAAGGACAAGAGGGCUUUGAAGUUCUGUAAAAAGAGGCUGGGAACCCACAUCAGAGGCAAGAGGAAGAGGGAAGAAAUGCAAAUGAUGCUCCAGAAGAUGAGGAAACAGGCCCAGCAGAAGUAAAAUGUUUGAAUAAAAUCCCAUACCUAA